UAUGAAACAAAUGUUGUGUUUUUCAGUACAACGGGAUGUGUUUACAAGGACCUGGCGGUGUUCCUGGACGGGAUGGGAGCCCUGGAAUCAAUGGAAUCCCAGGGACACCAGGAAUCCCUGGUCGAGAUGGGCUCAAAGGUGAAAAAGGAGAGUGUAUGCGGGAGAGCAUUGAGGAGUCUUGGACGCCCAACUUCAAACAGUGUUCAUGGAGCGCAUUGAACUAUGGCAUAGACCUUGGGAAAAUAGCAGAAUGCACAUUCACAAAGAUGCGCUCUAACAGCGCACUGCGAGUUCUCUUCAGUGGCUCACUUCGACUCAAAUGUAAAAGUGCCUGCUGCCAGCGCUGGUAUUUUACGUUUAAUGGCGCUGAAUGCUCUGGGCCACUUCCAAUUGAAGCUAUAAUUUAUUUAGAUCAAGGAAGCCCCGAGUUGAAUUCUACUAUUAAUAUACAUCGUACUUCUUCAGUGGAAGGAUUAUGUGAAGGAAUCAAUGCUGGGUUGGUGGAUAUUGCUAUCUGGGUUGGUACUUGUUCAGAUUAUCCAAGAGGAGAUGCUUCUACAGGAUGGAAUUCAGUCUCUCGUAUCAUAAUAGAAGAGAUGCCAAAAUAGAUUUUUUUCCAACACCUAUUUUAACCCAUCAUCUCCAAGACUGUAUCAGAUUUUUGACAUACAUUGCAUACAAUUUACUUUGAAAAUUUAUUAUUUCUAUAAUUUUGAUAACUAUUGAACAGAAGGCACAGGUUUGCUUAAGUUUAACACAAGUUCUUAUGAUAGUGUUUUAGCACAGAAAUAUCUGAAACAAGCUUAUUAAAGUCUUUUUAUUCAUCGGUCAAACUUAGGUAUGGAAAUGUAUCACCUUCUUGUAAUAGCUGAAAUUACAGCUUUUUAUAUCUUAAAUAAACACACUUUUACAAAACAA